UUUAUUUUUUGGCGUUAGUGUGCGAUUUUGAUGAUAGUGCGCGAUGUCGGUGGUUAUUGAAACCACAUUGGGUGAUCUCACUGUGGACUUGUUCAUUGAUGAGCGUCCAAUUGCCUGCAUGAACUUCAUGAAGCUGUGCCAGCUAAAAUACUACAACUUCAAUCUCUUCCACACAAUUCAACAAGGAUUUAUUGCACAAACAGGAGAUCCCACAGGCGCUGGCGAUGGCGGCUCCUCUGUCUGGGGCGUAAUUGAAGGCCAGCAUAAACGCUUCUUUGAAGCUGAAUACCUGCCCAAGAUUUCUCACUCCAAUGCCGGCAUGCUGUCUCUGGUCAGUGCCGGCAAGAAUCUGGUGGGCUCUCAGUUCUUCUUCACGCUGGGAGAAAACCUUACGUCGUUGGAUGGGACGCACUGCGUCAUCGGCGAAGUUGUGGAGGGCCACGAGCUCCUGCGAAAACUGAACGAUGCCAUAGUGGAUGAGAAUAAUCGUCCUUACCAGGACAUACGCAUUACGCACACGGUGGUUUUGGAGGACCCAUUUCCAAAGCCGCGCGGAUUUCAAGCGCCCGAUAAGUCACCAUCCCCGAGUGCAGAGCGCAUGCAAAAUGGCCGCAUCGCCGCAGACGAGGAUAUAGACGACACUGACGGCAAAACAAUGGAAGAGAUGCAAGAAAUGCUGGCAGAACGCGAGGCCAAGGCACGUGCUACGAUUCUGGAGAUUGUGGGAGACCUGCCGGAUGCGGAUAUGGCACCGCCAGAGAAUGUGUUGUUUGUGUGCAAACUCAAUCCGGUAACAACAGACGACGACCUGGAGAUUAUAUUUAGUCGCUUUGGCGUGGUUAAGAGCUGCGAGGUAAUUCGUGACCGCAAGACUGGCGAUUCCCUGCAGUACGCCUUUGUCGAGUUUGCGGAUCAAAAAUCGUGUGAGGCGGCUUAUUUCAAAAUGGACAAUGUUCUUAUUGACGAUCGUCGGAUACAUGUCGAUUUCUCGCAGUCUGUGGCGAGGGUCACUUGGCGUGGCAAAGGGCGCGGUGUUGUGGGUCCUGAAGGUAAAUUGGACUUCAAUAAUCUAAAAGAGAGCAAUGGCAAGCGAAAAGACUACAACAGAGGUUGGUCAGAAAAGAAGGUCAAGGAGGGGCCUAACGAACAGAGAAGUAGAAUGAGUUCGGCCGAGCGUCGAAAAGCGCGGGAACAACGCCAUCGUGAGCAAUACAAACGGGAAGAUUAUGAUCGCAAAACACGGCGUUCUAUAUCCAGGGAACGUAACGAACGAAGGCGUGAGAGGUCGCCCCACAAAAACAGGCGUUACUCGCCAGCCCACAGGCGUCCUGAAAAUAGACGCAGUAGGAGCAGAGAAAGAGAACCAGAAAGAAAUCGUCAGUAUGCACCACAGCGGAGAACAUCGCCAAAGCAACAUCAGUCCCAAAUGCGUCGGCCAGCUGAAACUAACUAUAGGGAUCGCAGAGAAUAUCACAGGAGUCCUGAGCGUGAUCGCAAACGUGCUGCAAUCGAGCCGAAAAAGAAGAGCAAGUCUAAGAAGUCAAGGCGUGGUGAGAGCAGUUCGGACUCCAGUGAAUCCUCCACGGAGUCGGAAUCAGAUAGCGAAAGUAAUGAGGAUACUUCUUCAUCGUCAACCGAUAGCUCAGACGAAAGUUCCUCUGACGAGCGGAGUAAGCGUAAAAAGAGAAAAAAGUCCACACAUAAGAAGAAUAAGUCGAAAAGCAAACACAAGGCCAAAAAGAAACACAAGAAAUAAAAUGUAGCAACCGAACAGACUAUUUAAUUAUAA